UAAAAGAGAAGUCUUAAUUGGAUUGUUGAACUGUGAGAAGGUAAAAGAUAGAGACUUCGAAUAGAAGAAGAAGAAUCAACUUUAUCCCAAAAAAAAAUAAACAAAAAAUUAUUGUCGGAAUCGUGAGAAGCUGUCUCUCUCUCUUUGUGUCGGAAGCAAUGGGGACUCCGGAGUUUCCAGAUCUAGGGAAACACUGCUCCGUCGAUAUCUGCAAGCAAAUCGAUUUCUUGCCUUUCACCUGCGACCGCUGCCUCCAGGUUUUUUGUUUGGAUCAUCGGAGCUAUAUGAAACACAGCUGCCCCAAAGGCGACAGAGAAGAUGUAACGGUCGUCAUCUGCCCGCUCUGCGCCAAAGGAGUCAGGUUAAACCCAAACGAAGACCCGAACAUCACAUGGGAGAAACAUGUCAACACGGACUGCGACCCGUCAAACUACGAGAAAGCCACAAAGAAGAAGAAAUGCCCUGUUCCUAGAUGCAAGGAGCAGCUCACGUUCUCCAACACCAUCAAGUGCCGCGACUGCAAUGUCGAUCACUGCUUGAAACACCGUUUCGGACCUGAUCACACUUGUCCUGGACCUAGAAAGCCCGAACCAAGCUUCCUGAGUUUCAUGAGUGGUGGGAGUAGUAGCAGCAAGAAAGAAGCUAAAACGACGAGACCCAAUAACAAACCUUCUUCUUCUUCGAGAUGGUCUAAUCUUUUAUCUUCGGCAGAAGCUGGAAUCAGCAAGCUCGGUAACGAUAUUAGCAAUAAGCUUCAGUUUUCGAGCAGCAGCAGCGGUAGCAGCGGCAAUGGUGGUAUGGUGGAGGUGUGUCCGCAGUGUGGUGCUAGAUUCUCUUCGGUUGCGGUUCUUGUGGAGCAUGUAGAGAAAACACAUGAGAGGAACAAGAAGCAGAGUCAUGGCAAAAGUCACAAGUACUGAAAACAUCUUUUGUAUUGUUUUCUUCUCUCUUACUUGGUUUGAUUCAACCAAAGAAAAAUCUCACAUUCUUUGAACUUAAUUUGAAAAUUUGAUUAUAUACCAAAAAAAAAUUGAUACUGCCAAAGAAAA